AUGGUCAAUUAUACUAUUUUUUUCUAUUUAUACCUUGAUACAUCCAAGGGGCCACCUGUUCAGUUUCCGGGAGCACGACCACCAACGUCGUUUGGAGUUCCACCAGGUGCAUCCUCUGCCCCUGGUGCUCCGUCUUAUUCUCCAGUCGGUUUCUCAAAUGCGCCACCAACAUCUUUUGGCAUGCCUCAACCAUAUUCUCAAGCGUCAACUCCUUAUCCGACACAGCCCAUGCACCCUAUUCUGGGCAGCGCAUCCGCGCAAACCAAUGAGUAUCCUCCUCAACCAAUGACACAUCCUUCUCACUCUAUGCCCACUCCAUGUUAUACUAACACGUCCUUUAAUCCAACUAUGCCAUCCCCUUAUCCUCAACAGCAAAAUUAUACGUACCCUAAUCUUCAAAAAGCACCAGACGCUAAGGAGUAUUUUUACAAUUCGGCUCCUUCUUAUUCUUCUGGAUCAAAUACACAGACAGCUAGUUCAUUUCCAUAUCAAGGCGGAAGCUAUCCCGGGGGGCAGGGGAUAGGCUCGACAUAUUCUUAUACUGCUAAUCCACCUACUGCUGCUAUACGUGAUGCCACCCCAGCCCCCCAAAGAGGUCGGUUUACGCCUAAGACUUCUCCCACUGUUGUGCCUUAUGAUGGGUUUGAUGCUAGAGCGGACGCAGAAACUUUAAGGAAAGCUAUGAAAGGAUUUGGCACAGAUGAGAAAGCCAUUAUUCAUGUUCUUGCAAAUCGUAGUAAUCUACAACGCCAGGAGAUUGCAUCUCAAUUUAAGACUCUUUACGGAAAGGAUCUGAUAAAAGACUUGAAGUCUGAGCUAUCAGGAAACUUCGAAAAACUUGUUCUUGCCUUGAUGAUGCCUCUACCUCAAUAUUAUGCUAAAGAACUCCACGAUGCAAUGUCUGGUCUUGGUACUGAUGAGACAGUACUCAUUGAAGUAUUGUGUACAUUGUCCAAUCAUGAAAUUUCUGUCAUUAAACAAGCAUAUGAAGCAAUGUACGGAAGAACAUUAGAGGAUGAUUUAAUUUCUGAUACAUCUGGCAAUUUCAAGCGCUUGAUGGUAUCAUUAUGUUGUGCCAAUAGAGACGAAUCAUUUAUUGUGGAUAAUGCAGCAGCAAUGGAAGAUGCUAAAAAACUUUUGCAAGCUGGAGAGCUUCGAUUUGGUACGGAUGAAUCUACUUUUAACGCAAUUCUUGUCCAAAGAAAUAUGGCACAAUUACGACAGAUAUUUGAAGAGUAUCAAAAUAUAACUGGUCAUGACAUUGAAACUGCGAUUGAAAAUGAAUUUUCGGGCGAUAUUAAGAAGGGUCUCCUUGCAAUUGUGAAGUGUGUCAAGAACAGGCCCGGUUUUUUCGCUGAACAAUUGUACAAAAGCAUGAAGGGUCUUGGUACAGAUGAUAGCCGUCUCAUCCGAUUAGUCGUGACACGUUGCGAAAUAGACAUGGGUGAAAUAAAAAAUGUGUUUGCCCAUCAGUAUCUAGAGUCAUUGGAAGAUUUUAUAAGUGGUGACUGCUCAGGACAUUAUAAAAAAUGUUUAUUAGCACUAGUGCAAUCCUAAAGUAUUUGCAGUCACAUAUAUGGAACUUGUUUCCUUGCAUUUC